AUGUCAGUCACCUCGCAGCGGGAUACAGCAGCCGGUAGGCAUUUAUUCGGUCGCCAAGCGCUCACGCAGAAGAUGCGAGAGUGCGCUUCGCCCUCAAAUAGUCCGGUGAACUUUACUACCGGCGGAGGCGCCCAGCAGAGCGCCGACUCCCUCGCGUUUACGGGCAGUAAGAUUCUAGAGGGCGAGGAGGUCUACAUUCUUAAGGAGUGCCCACCGGCCCAAUCUAUCUGUUGCUGCGGCAUUCCUUGCACCUACCCGCACAGGACACCGACCUUGGCGGCCUCCGUGCGCGCCACGCCUUUCUCGUGGGCCUGGGCAUACCCAUUUCCUUCAACACGUGGCAGCGCGUUCGUGCCAUGGUUCUCCACGCCCAUCCGGCCACUCUUCCGACUCUUUCUGCCCAAGCUUUGGCCCGCUUGCUUUGGGCUUUGCAUGGUCCUGCCGUGCCUGUGCACUGCACUGACGACAUCUUCGCUGCUGGGCUUCAACACCUCCAAGACUUCCUCCUCUCUGCCGCCCCGGCGGAUGCUCCCCAGUUUCCCCGGUUUCACCCUCCUCGUCGUUCCAUCCGCCGCCGAACCCUCCGGGAAUGCCUCGUGA